GCUUGUUCCGAAGCUCACUCUCGUGUUACAAUCACCAAUCUGAAUCACGAAUGAGUUCAACGACAACGAAUUCGUCUGCUGCUCUCACAUUUGGUGUAGCUAGCUGCUAUCUCUCAGACCAUCUUGCAUGUCAGACUAUAGAGCGCUGACGGACGUCCGGGACCGUGAGUGGGUGGUAAGAGCACCUAGCUCCUGCUGCCAAAUGGUUGUUAUGCUGCAUCGUGUGCCCAAGUCUUCUCCUGCGCAGUCACGAGUCGCGAGCCACGCAAAGGGGAAAGUUGAAACUCGAAGAUGUACGCAUCACGGCGUCCUCUGUCAAUCUUGAUUGUAUCCUGCUGAUAGUCACCAGUCAAGAGUGUCUGUGUGAUGUGCC